AUGAAGCCGAUCGACGCAUUCCUCUCCCUCCUCAUCCCCGGCCUCAUCCUCCUCCAUCUCCUCGUCGCUCCCUACACCAAAGUCGAAGAAUCCUUCAACAUCCAAGCAACCCACGACAUCGCCACCUACGGGCUCCCCACCAGCGAUAUACCCGUCCGCUUCCAAGCGGCCUACGAUCAUUUCUCUUUCCCAGGCGCAGUGCCGCGGACUUUUGUCGGUGCCCUCGUGCUCGCUGCUUUAUCACGUCCAGUAUAUAGCCUCGCAGGCAUUCAAUAUGCGCAAUUCGUGGUCCGAGCCGUCCUGGGACUAUUCAAUACGGUUUGUUUGUUGAAAUAUAAGAAUGGGCUUGAGAAGGCUUUUGGACAAAAUGUCGGGAGGUGGUAUGUUGUGCUGCAGGCGGCUCAGUUUCAUGUGAUAUAUUAUGCGUCGAGGACGUUGCCGAAUAUGUUUGCUUUUGGACUUACGACGUUGGCAUUUUACCAUUUCCUACCGUUAGCUGGUCCUGGACAGCUUGCUCAGGAGAAAAAGAGACAACAGCGGGGUAUAUGCCUCCUAGUAUUUGCAGGCGUGGUAUUCCGCUCCGAAGUCGCUGUUUUACUCUUCACUCAACUGCUGUACCUGCUUGUUCAAGGCAGAAUAUCCAUCCGGACAAUUUUGUCCGCAGGCGUGAUAGGCGGCGUGUUCGCCUUGGCCUCGACCAUCGUUGUCGAUUCCUACUUCUGGCAGAAGCCCAUUUGGCCAGAGCUAUGGGGCUUUUACUAUAAUGCCGUGCAGGGGAAAUCUGCAGACUGGGGCACGUCUCCGUUCUUAUACUACUUUACCUCACUCCUCCCCAAGCUUUUGCUUAACCCUGUUAUCCUGGCAUUGUUGAUUCCAACUGCCUUUGCCCUGCCGUCCACCCGCUAUAGCUCCAUGGGUUUUAUCAUACCGUCUCUUGCAUUUGUCGCAAUAUAUAGUCUGCAACCACACAAGGAAGCCCGGUUUAUUAUUUACGUCGUUCCUCCUCUCACUGCGGCGGCCUCGCUCUCCGCAUCAUACAUCUGGACUCGGAGAACCAAAGGCAUCCUCUACCGUCUCGGCUCUCUCCUCCUAGUUGCCUCUAUCUUAGGCAGCCUCGCAGCGUCAACAGGAAUGCUUCUCAUAUCCUCACUCAACUACCCCGGCGGAGAAGCCCUCUCUCAUCUCCACACCAUCUUAAGACGGACACCAUGGCCAGAAACCAGUGCAGAAAACGAAAUAGCCAAUAUCGAUAUUCACAUGGAUGUCCUAUCAUGCAUGACAGGCGUAACGCGCUUCCAAGAAAUCCCCUGGCGAGGUUUAAACCAAGACAGCUUCCCGAUCAUCAAUGGCCGACCUACAGCCCUCCACUACGACAAGACGGAAGACGAAGACGUCCUACUCCGCCCCGAAUUCUGGGAGCAGCAUGACUACGCACUCAUGGAAAAUCCGGGCAAGGCAAUUGGAAAGUGGGAAAUCGUCAGCACGGUCUUCGCAUACGCCGGUAUCGAAUUCCUCCGUCCCGGCGACGGGAGUUCCUUUUCUGAGAUAAUGGAAAGGGUAUACGCCGCCAACAACAUCACCGUCGACCAUGACGGACGGGAAACCGCGCCCGAUAGCCAGGAUGUCAAGGAUGCCGUUGAGAAUAGCGCAGAUCUUGAGCUUGGGAAGGUGGAUGGGGAUGAGAAGAGGAGCAUAGCGAAUCUCAAGGCGAGGUUGCGGGCUGAGGAGAUGGAUCGCUUUGGCACGUUUAAUUUGCUGAGGGAUACGGUGAGGUUGGGUACUGGGGGGUGGUGGGUUGGUCCUAGGAUGGAGCCGAAGAUUAGGAUUUUGAAGAGGGUGAAAUCGUGA